UUUUGCUGUCGCUGUCGGUAGCAUUGCACCAAGGUAAUGGCUGCGCUCUGUGCGCGGAUUGUUUUGAUAACCAUGGAGUUAAGAAGUAAUAGCUUAAUAAUCAAUACAUGGGUUUUUAUUUUGGCGUAGUUAUAUAAAUUAUUUACUUUUACUCGUUGCAUCUUGGCAUUCUUCUCGAAAAGAGAAAAACACGUAACACAGCCUGCAAAGUAAUUUUUGUCGUAAGAUGGCAGGUUUAAUGCCAGACAGCGACAGUGAAGACGAACUUCCACCAGGUUGGGAAGAAAGGGCGACUGUAGAUGGAAGUGUGUAUUAUGUGAAUCAUGCUACCAAGGGCACUCAGUGGACACAUCCACGCACUGGAAAGAAGAAAAUUGUUUCUGGAGAGUUGCCCUUUGGGUGGGAGAAGUGCGUGUCCGAAGAUGGGAAGAUAUUCUACGUCGACCACACGAACCGGCGCACCACGUACACCGACCCCAGGCUUGCGUUCGCCACAGAGGAGAAGGAGCACCCCCACGACUUCCGACAGCGGUUCGAUGCCUCGACGACGGCGCUCCAGAUUCUGCACGGCCGAGAUCUCGGGGGGAAAACCGCCAUCAUCACGGGCGCAAACACAGGCAUAGGUUUUGAGACUGCUCGAUCACUUGCAUUUCAUGGCUGCACUGUGAUCUUUGCCUGCCGAGACGUUACCAAGGCCUCUGCAGCAAUAGACAAAAUAAAAUGUGAACGCCCUAAUGUGACGUGCGAAGUGAUGGAGUUAGAUUUGGCGUCACUUCACAGUGUGAAAACGUUUGCAACAAAUUUCAAACUUCAUUACAAGAAACUUGAUAUGUUGAUUUUGAAUGCUGGUGUUUUUGGAAUUGGGUUUUCUCUGACUGAAGAUGGUUAUGAAGCACACUUCCAAAUUAACCAUUUGAGCCAUUUUUACCUAACUCUCCUGCUCGAGUCAGUAUUGGUUGAUGGGUGUCGCAUUGUGGUGGUUUCAUCAGAAUCUCACAGGUUUGCCAACUUGUCUGCCUCCAAACUGACCAAGGAGGUGUUGUCUCCUGCAACUGUGCAGAAGUACUGGGACAUGAUGGCGUACAACAACUCCAAGCUCUGCAACGUGGUGUUUGCGACGGAGCUGGCCAGGCGGUGGGAGGCCAGAGGCGUGUGCGUCAACGCAUUGCAUCCCGGGAACAUGGUCAGCUCAGACCUCAGCCGCCACUGGUGGCUAUAUCGACUACUGUUUGCCUUCGUCAGGCCUUUCACCAAGUCUCUGCAACAGGCUGCCAGCACGACAAUCUACUGUGCCACGGCCCCGGAGCUCGCCAACGUGUCCGGUCUGUACUUCAACAACUGCUGCCGGUGCGAGCCAAGCACUGCGUCCCAGGACCCGGAGCUGGCGCGCGCCCUAUGGGACACCAGCAACGAGAUGAUCCAUGCUGCCAUCGGGCGAAGCACUAGUAGUAGUGAAGAACAGUAGACUGGCAUCACUGCGAAGCAUGGCAUGUGGUCUUGGUUUCAGCUGUAAUUUGUACACAUUAUUACAUUAUCAGUGGUAAUGUUGUAAUAUUUACAAAUGAAAUGUGUUUCCUAUUUAUGAUAUAUGUUUUUUAAAUAAAUAUCUUUGGUUGAAA